CCCCUGCAGACUUCACAUCAGCCCCCUCGCAUGCCUCCUCUUCCUCCUCCUCCUCCUCCAGGAGCUUCCCGGGCCACCCCGCAGCCGCUGGCCUCCUGGCUCCUGCCCCUCCCCAGGUGCGCUCAGGACUCACCUCCCGCGCAGCUCGACCGGCUGAGCCCACCACCGCGGGCCGCGGUUCAGCUCCGCCGGGCGCCCCAGGCUGCCGAGUCCGCUGGGUCCAACGCGACCGCUGACCCGCAGCGCCGCCGUCUCCCGUCGCCGUAGCCACCGCCAGCUCGGUGCAGCCCAGGCGUUUCCGGGUUCCCGCGGUCCCGUCCCCCAAAUGCUCCGGCUUCCGCCUCGGCUCUGGCAAAUGCCGUUCCCGGCUCGGCUCUGGCAGCCCCCGCUCGGCACUUGGCAGCUCCGUCCCUAAGGCGACGCACCUGGGCUGCUCUGCUGGCAGCCCCUGGUUCCUGCUUCACCGUCGCGUGGAGGCCUGGAGCACUGCUUUCUGCUACACCUCUCUUAGGAGCGCGAGACAGAUAGAGUGACACUCGUCGAGGGCCUCUGCGGGACUGUCUGUUUGCAGAAGGUGCCAAGGUGUCCACUGCGAAAGAAAGGGCAAAGUCCUUUGGGGCAAAGAACCCUGAGAGGAACGGGGAAAUGGAUUUUGAAAGCAAACGAACCCGCUCCUAAAAGUGACUGUCACUGACCUGAAAACAAACCAGAUUAGCUAUGGCAAAGGCUGCCAAUCAACCAGUGGUCUGCAAGAAGGCUUGUUCUUCCACUUCUCCCACCCUGACUGAAAUCUUGAGACUGAGGGAAACCCAGAGCUAUACCACCAAUGGGCCUGGUGUCAUCAAUCAGGAGAGGAAAAAGAAAGCUGGGCCCAGAGGAUUACAGAGUUAUAAGGGACCUACCCCUUCCUGGCUGCAUGGAUUACACCAUUACCUUUUAAAAGUCUUCCAAUGGCUGUGUUGGAAACCCUCUAACUACUGCAGCCCAUUCAGGUGAUGAACAGGCUGAAAUCAGUACUUCAGGUUCAGCUGGGUUAUCAAAUAAACGAACAGGAUUAUCUCUUUUUGUUAACUCAGUGCUGCUAUAAAUUCAGCCUAUGUCUCUUUAUAUUGUAAAUUAUUAAAACCAUGUCCAAGAGAGACAUACUUAGAAAAAAAGUGAGAUUGAAGAAAAAUAAAUAACUGUGUUAGAGUAGAAUAACUGGCUUUAAAAUUUUCUGCAAUACAAUCUUGAGAAAAUUCCUGGACAGUAAAAUACAUAUUAGAUCUUAAUAUAUGUCCAGUUUUUUUGAAACCAAAAUGUGCCUGUUAGAUGAUGAUAACAGCAUGCCUCGUUUUAUUGGGAUUUGCUUUGUUGCUCUUAACAGACAUUGCUUUUCUUUGCUUUUUUGUUUGUUUAUUUGUUUUUACAAAUUGAAAGUUUGUGACAACCUUGCCUCAAGCACAUCUAUUGGUGCCAUAUUUCCAACAGCAUGUGCUCACUUUGUGUCUCUGUGUCACAUAAUAUUCAAUAAUUUUUGCAAUAUUUAAAUUUGUUCAUCAUUAUAUCUGGUAUAGUGCUUUGUGAUCAAUGAUUUUUGAUGUUACUAUGGUAAUUGUUUUGGGGUACUGUUAUGGUUUGGCUGUGUCCCCACCCAAAUCUCAACUUGAAUUGUAUCUCCCAGAAUUCCCAUGUGUUGAGGGAGAGACCUAGGGGGAGAUAAUUGAAUCAUGAGGGCCAGUCUUUCCUGUGCUAUUCUCAUGAUAGUGAGUAAGUCUCAUGAAAUCCGAUAGGUUUAUCAGGGGUUUCCACUAUUGCUUCUUCCUCAUUUUUCUCUUGCCACAGCCAUGUAAGAAAUACCUUUCACCUCCCGCCAUGAUUCUGAGGCCUCCCCAGCCAUGUGGAAACUGUAGGUCCAAUUAAACCUCUUUUUCUUUCCA